UUCCUGGUGGAGCUGUCCCGUGUCCUCGCCAACCCCGGGAACAGCCAGGUGGCCCGCGUGGCAGCCGGGCUGCAGAUCAAGAACUCCCUGACCUCCAAGGACCCUGACAUCAAGGCCCAGUACCAGCAGAGAUGGUUGGCCAUCGACGCCAGCGCCCGCAGGGAGGUCAAGAACUAUGUUUUGCAGACGUUGGGGACAGAGACCUACAGGCCCAGCUCAGCCUCCCAGUGCGUGGCUGGCAUCGCCUGCGCAGAGAUCCCCAUGAACCAGUGGCCAGAGCUCAUCCCCCAGUUGGUGGCCAAUGUCACCAACCAGCACAGCACAGAGCACAUGAAAGAGUCCACGUUGGAGGCCAUUGGGUACAUCUGUCAGGACAUUGAUCCAGAGCAGCUUCAGGACAAAUCCAAUGAGAUCCUGACAGCCAUCAUCCAGGGAAUGAGAAAGGAAGAGCCCAGCAACAAUGUGAAGCUUGCAGCUACCAAUGCACUCCUGAACUCUUUGGAAUUCACCAAAGCAAACUUUGACAAAGAGUCUGAAAGGCACUUUAUUAUGCAAGUAGUUUGUGAAGCAACACAGUGUCCAGACACAAGGGUACGAGUGGCUGCCUUACAGAACCUGGUGAAGAUCAUGUCCCUCUACUACCAGUACAUGGAGACCUACAUGGGCCCCGCGCUCUUCGCGAUAACUAUUGAAGCCAUGAAAAGUGACAUAGAUGAGGUGGCUCUACAAGGGAUAGAGUUCUGGUCCAAUGUCUGUGACGAGGAGAUGGACCUGGCCAUUGAGGCCUCUGAGGCAGCAGAGCAAGGGAGGCCUCCAGAGCACACCAGCAAGUUUUAUGCCAAGGGGGCACUACAGUAUUUGGUGCCAAUUCUGACACAAACAUUAACAAAACAGGAUGAAAAUGAUGAUGAUGAUGACUGGAACCCCUGCAAAGCAGCAGGAGUCUGCCUGAUGCUCCUGGCCACCUGCUGUGAAGAUGACAUUGUUCCCCAUGUCCUGCCCUUCAUUAAAGAACACAUUAAAAACCCAGACUGGCGAUACAGAGAUGCAGCUGUGAUGGCUUUUGGGGGCAUUUUGGAAGGACCAGAGCCUAACCAGCUCAAACCACUAGUCAUACAGGCAAUGCCAACUUUAAUAGAGCUAAUGAAGGACCCCAGCGUGGUGGUGCGGGACACGACGGCCUGGACCGUGGGCAGGAUCUGUGAGAUGCUGCCUGAAGCUGCCAUCAAUGACAUUUACCUCGCCCCCCUGCUGCAGUGUCUGAUGGAGGGCCUGAGUGCUGAGCCCAGGGUGGCCUCCAAUGUCUGCUGGGCCUUCUCUAGUCUUGCUGAAGCUGCCUAUGAAGCUGCAGAUGUGGCUGAUGAUCAGGAAGAACCAGCAACUUACUGCUUAUCCUCCUCAUUUGAGCUAAUAGUCCAGAAACUUCUGGAGACUGCAGAUAGACCUGAUGGACACCAGAAUAACUUGAGGAGUUCUGCAUAUGAAUCUCUGAUGGAAAUAGUGAAAAACAGUGCCAAGGACUGUUACCCUGCUGUCCAGAAGACAACUCUGGUCAUCAUGGAACGACUUCAGCAAGUGCUGCAGAUGGAGUCACAUAUCCAGAGCACUUCAGACAGAAUCCAGUUCAAUGAUCUUCAGUCUCUUCUUUGUGCUACUCUACAGAACGUCCUGCGGAAGGUGCAGCACCAGGAUGCUCUGCAGAUCUCUGAUGUGGUGAUGGCCUCUCUGCUGAGGAUGUUCCAGAGCACAGCAGGCUCAGGGGGUGUGCAGGAGGAUGCCCUGAUGGCAGUCAGCACCCUGAUUGAAGUCCUAGGUGGAGAGUUCCUGAAGUACAUGGAUGCCUUCAAACCCUUCCUUGGCAUUGGACUGAAGAACUAUGCUGAAUACCAGGUCUGUCUGGCUGCAGUGGGCCUGGUUGGUGACUUGUGCAGAGCCCUGCAAUCCAACAUCUUGCCUUUUUGUGACGAGGUUAUGCAGCUGCUCCUGGAGAACUUGGGGAAUGAAAAUGUCCAUAGGUCUGUGAAGCCUCAGAUCCUCUCAGUGUUUGGAGAUAUUGCCCUGGCCAUUGGAGGGGAAUUCAAGAAGUACCUGGACGUUGUACUCAACACCCUCCAGCAGGCUUCCCAAGCACAGGUUGAUAAGUCUGACUAUGACAUGGUAGAUUACCUGAACGAGCUGAGGGAGGGCUGCCUGGAGGCCUACACUGGCAUCAUCCAGGGCCUGAAGGGAGACCAGGAAAACGUGCACCCGGAUGUGAUGCUGGUGCAGCCCAGGGUAGAAUUUAUCUUGUCCUACAUUGACCACAUUGCUGGAGACGAGGAUCACACCGACGGGGUGGUGGCUUGUGCUGCUGGACUGAUAGGGGAUUUGUGUACAGCAUUUGGGAAAGAUGUACUGAAAUUAGUAGAAGCUAGACCCAUGAUACAUGAACUGCUAACUGAAGGAAGAAGAUCCAAGACGAACAAAACAAAAACCCUUGCUACCUGGGCGACUAAAGAACUGAGAAAACUGAAGAACCAAGCUUGGUAA